CCUGCCGCCAGAUGGCGAGCCGAGGACCGAUGGCACGCUGAGGAUAAGAGCGACUGGAGGUUGGGGCUGUCAUAAACCGUACCAAAGCACCGAGCAGGGACACCUUUGGAGAGCUUGCGAGCGGGUGCCGGGAAUACAUUUUGCCACCGGAGUGUUUUUAUGCCACCGUUCCAAGACAAAUCUCUCUUAUCAUUUCGGUAAUAAUUCAUGUUUGUUUGCAUGUUGACAAUUAACGUUAUCUGUUUGUCUAAACCUAGCCUAGUGUUAAGUUUGAUUAGCAUAUCGGAUGAGAUCUGUAUUAUUAAUAGAUCAAUAACUUUCUCUACAAACACGUUGCAUGUCCAAUAUGUGAUAUCAGUUGCUUAUAGUCAAUCUAUUGUCUCUAUUCCAUUCAAACUCGUCGUGCCAUUUAUUUAUUUGUAGCCUACUUUACGCACAAAACCUACCGUCGGGCAUCCUAUUCCAAACCCAUCCACUGCGUAAAAUUCCGAUGCAACUUGGGUAUGAGUUUAUUUACACAUGACUGUGCCUGCGAUAUCUCUCUGCCUCAAGAGACUAGAAUGCUAUGAAAACGUUCCAGAUAUUGCUAUAUUUUAAAAUGGAUAUAGUUAUGAAUAUGCCAUGGCAUUAGUAGGCUAUCAAAAGGAAUUGUUACAAGCCUUCCUUGGCUAAAAUGAAUAAACCUGACACUUAACGAAAUCGACAACCAUGGCUGUUACAUUGUUGUUAGUGAUUGUUACAUAGCGGCAGGUCAUUUCAUGCACAAGUUGUUACAAAGUUAACGUGUGUUUACUGCCCUACAAAGGCAAAUCGUGUUAAUUGACUGAAGGAGCUAACUUUGAGUUCCUUACUGAAUUAACAAGUUGUCUCAAUAUCCAGAGAAGUAUUUGUGCCUUCGUGCUGGGCGCACAGUUGAUACUGCGCUGUUUUUUUCAUUAAUUUCUUGUCGGUUGCAGGUAGUAGAGCAAUCACAUCAUUCACAUACUCACAUCCCGAGAAACGUCCAUGCGGGGGAGGAGCGAAGACGUGGCAAUGCUCUCCACCUCCUCUCUGACAGAUUCUGGAACUUUCACUCAUAAGUCUUUAUUCUUAGCCUGGUCUCAUAGACUAGAUUGAACAUAUUCAACUUCAAUCCGGAACACUAAAAUUAGUAUGAUAUGUUAAGCUUGGUAUUGUUACAUAAGACAGAAGGUUGUCUAGCAACUUAAAGAUUGCGUUUUCGAAUCUCAUCACAUACAACUUUUGAAUUUGCGUUAAUUAGCAACUUUGCAACUGCUUAGCAUGUUAGCUAAACUUUGCCCUAACCCUAAUCGUUUAACAUAACUCCUAACUUUAACCCUAACCUUAACCCCUAGCCUAGCUUGCCUAGCUAGCAUAUUGUACAACUUGCAAAAAUGAAAUUUCAGAAUGUGGGGGUACAUGUCCUCUCCAUCCCCAGUGAAAGUUGCGCCCCUGCAUUGUAUGGUUUAUGUUGUAUGAAAUUGUAAAGAUAAGACCCUUAUUAAAUGACUUGGGAGGUUAACACUUCUCUUCCAUAAUAUCAGUGCUUUUGUAUGUUUAGGAUAUUGCACGUUUUACAGAAUACCUGUACAGACAGGGGUGCUCCAUGACUCUCCCUGAAAGCCACAGGAAUAGAGCCUUCACAUCUACAUUUCAAGUGACAAGUAAUGCAGUCUGAAAUUUCUCCAUGGCCUACACUCUUAGAAAAAUAGUGCUAUCUAGAACCUAAAAGGGUUCUUCGGCUGUCCCCAUAGGAGAACCCUUUGAAGAACCCUUUUUGGUUCCAGGUAGAACACUUUCGGUUACAGGUAGAACCCAUUUCCAGAGAGGGUUCUACAUGGAACCCAACAGAGUUCUACCUGGAACUAUUUUUGGAACCCUUUUUUGUGUAGCGUUGUCUGUGUGGUCGUAACAGUUAGCAUCUAUCAUAUCAGGUGAUGUGCUUGGAAGAUAUUCUAGUUGAAGGUGAAACAAAGCUCAAACAGUAGUCUGAAUUCAACAACAACAUAAUACAAUAAGGAUAAGUGUUAAAAUGUGUGUGUGUGUGUGUGUGUGUGUGUGUGUGUGUGUUUGAAGUACCAGAAUACUCACUUUGGUCAGACACAGGAAGGUAUAAUUCUAAUAGUGUCGGAUGUUGACAUUUAGUCUGGUCAUCCAAAGCUUAGUCAUGACUGUGUGUGUUUCAACCAACCUUUGAAAUACACUAACAGCCCUUAUAAUUCCCUUUUCAAGCCAAUUUAAUACAGUCAUUAGUUAGAUUACAGCUUCACUUCACAAAUGGCAACACUGUAACAAUGUGAGACUAAUGAUCUGAAACUUUAAAAAAUGGGAUUGACAGACCGGGAAGGUUUUUUCACUCCCAAGUGACAUUCUGUCUGUGGCACUGGCACAAUACCUCUAUCACCUAAUACAACUACCAGCAGCUUUGCCAAUCCCUUGCCAAUCUUUUGCCAAUCCCUUGUUAAUCCCUUAACCAACAAUGCAGUUCAAGAAAGAGUUAAGAAAAGAUUUACCAAAUAAACGAAAGUAAAAAAAUAGUCAAAAGUAACACAAUAAAAUAACAAUAAUAAGGCUAUAUACAGGGGGUACCGGUACUGACUACAUUUGCAGUGGGUACAGGUUAGUCAAGGUAAUUUGUACAUGUAGGUAGGGGGACUAUACAUAGAUAAUAGACAGCGGUACCGCUUGCCGUGCUGUAGCAGAGAGAACACUCUAUGACUUGGGUGACUGGAGUCUUUGACAAUUUUUGGGGCUUUCCUCUGACACCGCCUAGUAUAUAGGUCCUGGAUGGCAGGAAGCUUGGCCCCAGUGAUGUACUGGGCCGUACGCACUACCCUCUGUAGCGCCUUACGGUCAGAUGCCGAGCAGUUGGCAUACCAGACUGUGAAUGAGUGAUUGAACCCCAUUGAUGUGUGUGUGUUUCACAGGUAACACAGAGUAAUGAGUUGACAUAAGGACUUAACUCUACAGUAGCACUGGAUAACACUAACCUCAGGCUUGUUUGAAACGAGUAGGCCCUACAGGCAUAUGACAAGUACAAACGGACUAUAGGCCCAAGGAGGUAAAACCUCAGGAAAAGAACCCAGUCUAAUUUUGUAAAGUGGUUAAUCUGUUUUCUAUACAGGCAAAGUGAUUUCUCCUGGGACUGGUUACUGCUAGUUGUAACCCAGUUACAUAUGGGGGUCUGUAGAGCAGCCAUUGAGGUUAGUGGCUCUCCUAGUGGCUUGGUAAUUAACAGUAACACUUUACAUGCUCCGACAUAACACUUUGAGGCUGUUAUCAUAACGGUGACACUGUCACUACUGUCACUCUGCAAUAACAAGGUUGAUAUUCUUAUGAGUUUUAUAGCAGAUUGGCAGCAUAAGUGAAGUAAGUAAAGUAAUCCUUCUAACCCCCCCCCCCAUUUUUUUUUUUGUAAAGUGGUUAUCCCACUGGCUAUAAGGUGAAUGCACCAAUUUGUAAGUCGCUCUGGAUAAGAACGUCUGCUAAAUGACGUAAAUGUAAUGUAAAUGUAAGUGUUACUGUCAUUUGAGCACCAGUGAGGAACAUUACUGUAGUGGUGUAGUACUGUGGAAGACAACUCUGUGUUUCUCUGUGAUAAAUAGAAUUUAACACGUACGUACCAGUCUCCUCUGACAGUUCUUGGCUUCUGGCUUUCUCCACUCCCUGUUGACCUUCAUAGAAAAAUCACCUGUAUGUGUUUCCUUUAUUUUCAUUCAAAUCCUCACUCUGUUUAAGAAAAUGAGGACUUGCCUAAGCCUGUCCAUUGACUAAACCCUCAGUAGAUAGUCUCGGUUGGCUGAGUGGGUGCAAGAGGAGGGAGGUACAUGCAAUUAACUUUACCUUGCAGCGGGUUAGUACUUUUUAUACAUACUUCAUACUUGGCACUGCUUUCAAACCUCUCUCUCUGACCUCCCUAUUCAUAUCAUGGUGAGUUAUGCUAAAGGUAAUACAGAUGUCCUAUAUGCCAUAUGGAUAGCCAAAUAUUAGAAAUUGUACUUGUGUCCUUCCUCAGCCUUCAUCUCAUGUACACAGUAGAAUGCAGAUGUGUGUCACCAGCUUGUAAGUUUUAGUUGUUAGUGAUCGUCAUUCCAGUGUCAAGUGUCUUCCAAACUAUCUGCGAGGUUGCCAGAUUGGUAUUUCCGUAUCAGUGCAGCUGGGAUUUAGAGUCUUACAGUACAGAUGUAUGCAUCUGUUUUGAGUUAUGUUUUGACUGCAUUAUUUAAACAAUAUAAAUAACUCUUGUGCUUGAAUGAAUUGGGUGUGUGUCAGCUACAGGACAAAGAGUGCCACUGUUUUCAGCCAGAUCAGCUACUUUUAAGACAGGGAGGUUAUCCUGCAGUCUCUGUCCAAUGUUGCCAUUCCUUCUUACAUGCUUAAUGAGUGGUAGGUAUGCUAGAUAUGCUAAUGUGUAGAGGGGUGAUUUAUUUUUGUUGACAAUAGAGAAAUCUGCUGGAUAGUAUUGUAGCAUUCACGGAACUUCCAAUGUUAAAGUUCCCCGCAAUGUGGACUUGUCUCUAUUGACGGGGUAUUGUCUGUGUGUUUUAAAGCCCCAUAGGCUAAUAUGAAUGUGUGUUUGUGGAAUAGAGGUAAUGUCUAUGUGUGAAGUUCCCUCCUCCCCUCCUCCCCUUCUGUCCCCCUCCAUGUCUACCCCUGAGGGCAAUAUAGGCAGUCAUGUUUGUUGAAACAAGGCCCACGCUACUUCCCUGACACACACACACAGACACACACACACACUGGACAACUAGUGGAGGCUCGCUAUGGGGGUAGGAAGAGCACAGCACCACUCCCGCAGGGCUGAGGCAUGUCUAGAUAGGGGAAGCCCAGCAAAAGCCAUGACAGUGCCAACUCCAGAGCUCAUGUGCCAAACUAGCCACUCUAUGGCCACAACCAAUGGGUUAUAUUCAUCUCAGUGUGGUGGGUGUGAUGCAGAGAGGAAGUAAUUUAAUGUAAUACUGUUUUAGAGGACAGCUCUCCUUGAAACACACUAACACACAUGCAUGCACGCACGCACACACCCACCUAUACACUCACUCGCUCACACUCCCUUUCUCUCUCUUUUCUGUUUGCUAUCUCCUUAUGGCUUAUCCUUCCACGGCCUCACACUGACCAAACCGCUGUCUUUUGGGGGGUUGAGGAUUGAGGCCUUGAUGUGUCAGACUGCAGACAGCCAGGGUUAGGGUUAGUCCUACCCUCAAGCAAUGUCCAUUCCCAUUCUAUUUUAAGUAUUUCUAUGAGAGGCAGCACAGGUAUAGUUAAUUGUGUGUGUUUUCUGACCUGUUUGUCAGGAUAGCCUAAACUCUGGGGGAAAAAGAUGAGUGGACUAUGAUGCUAUAAGUUUCAGAUGUAUCUGAGAAAUUCUGGUCUCAAUUAUCUUCUUCAUCAGGAAAUUCUCUCCUGUAGAUCAUUGGACCAUUCUGUCAAAAGGGAACGACCCUAUUGGUUAUGACUAUUUCUAGUACAUUAACUGACAGAGUAUUCGAGUGAGCAAACAACAUACAUUCAUUGUCCUUCUUUCACUCCCCCUCAUUCUGGCCUCCUCUCUCUGCCUUCCCCUCUCUCUCUCUCUAUCUCUCUUUGUCUCUCUCGCUCCCAGAAUGUGCAGGAUGGAGCGAAAGUGUUGGUGGUAUUUAUGGGUGUUGAGCUCCCUGCUCCAGACGCUUUCAGCCCACAGUGACUUUUACACAUCCAUCGGUGAGACUCCUCCCUCUCCUAUGAGAUAGAUAGUCAAGUGGUUGUGAGACAGGCGUUGGGUCUGCCCUCAGUGCCUGUCUGUCAAGCACAUACUGUGCAUUUUAUCUACCCGGAAGUACGGGUUUAUCAUUUUUUCUCAUGUACAUGGAAGUUGAAAGAUAUAAUACACAAUGUAUUCCUUAUUAUCGUGUGUAGGAUUGGUUUAAAUCAACUUAAAAUCAAGUUUGAUAAUGUGUGUAUUUUCCACCCUUAGGUCACAUGACAGAUCUGUUGUACACAGAGAAAGACUUAGUCACUUCACUGAAUAAUUAUAUCACAGCAGAGGAGAACAAGCUGAAGCAGGUCAAACAGUGAGUGUCCAGACGCCCACACACACGCGCACGCGCGCACGCAAGCACACACACAAACAAAGUAGCUGAAUUGUGUCUCUUCUCCCAACCCUCUCUUAGGUGGGCAGAGAAGCUGGAUGUGUUGUCAUCCAUAGCCAUGCAGGACCCCGAGGGCUUCCUGGGAAACCCGGUCAACGCCUUCAAACUGAUGAAGAGGCUGAACACAGAAUGGGGAGACCUGGAGAGCCUGGUGCUGAAGGACACCAAGGACGGUUAGACAUGAUGACACUAUGAGGGUCAUAUUAGAAGAGAGGAAAAGGAAGUUUAAAAGUAGUCACAAAGCAGCAUCCGACAGAUAAUUGUUUUUUUAACAUAAAAUAUUUACUGCAAUGUUUGUUUGUCUUUUGUAUGCUCACAGUGAGCAUCCUCACUAAUGAGGAUCUCUGUCCUUCUCUCAGGCUUCAUCUCUAACCUGACCCUCCAGAGGCAACAUUUCCCUACAGACGAGGACCAGACAGGCGCAGCCAAGGCCCUGCUCAGACUGCAGGACACCUACAGACUGGACACCAACACCAUCUCUACAGGAGACCUGCCAGGUAAAGGGUUAGGGAGUGCUAGAGGGAGAACCUCCGGCCUUUAAUAUUUUGUACGUUUGUAACCACUGACUCAUCCACAGGAGUGACGCACAAGAGCCCUAUGACAGUGGAGGACUGCUUUGAGCUGGGGAAGAUUGCCUACAGCGAGGUGGACUACUACCACACUGAGCUAUGGAUGGAACAGGCCCUGAAGCAGCUGGAUGAAGGAGAGGAGUCUACCGUGGACAAGGUCACCGUGCUGGACUACCUCAGCUAUGCCAUCUACCAGCAGGGGGAGCUAGGCAGGGCCCUGGAGCUCACCAAGAGGCUACUCAUGCUGGGUGAGUUACCCUAAUGCGGCUCAGAAUGAAAGGAGUUAAACUAGGCACACUGGGAGCGAGGGUUUAAGGCGGUCAAACUAAGGACACACUGACAGAGUUAAAGGAGUGAAACUGAGAGCACACUAAAGGAGCUAAGUUAUGGGUAUACUUGGGGGUUAACUGGUAGUGUAACACUGUUAAUGAGUACUGAGGGAAUAUGAUGCCCUCCAGGGGAAUCAUUGAACAACAGCUGCUGUCCUGUAUGCCCAGCAUGAACUGGGAUAGAGGAUUACUCAUGAAAUGUCCCAAGUGGCAGUAGGGUCUGAAGUUAGUGAUGCAGAUAGAUCCAGAUGAAUAUUAAAAAUGAAUCUUCCUUGUCUGGUUACUGUAUGAGCAUCAGUAUUCCAUCUCACUGUCCCCUCUCUCUCUCCCUCCUCACUCCAGACCCGGAACACCAGCGUGCCAACGGCAACCUGAAGUACUUUGAGUUUCAACUGAUAAAUCAGAGGAAGGCCCAGGCACAGGAGGCCCAGAAGGCCCGGGAGGAGGGCAAGGAGCGAAGGAAGAGACUGACAAGUGAUGCCUCCAAGAAGAAGAAGCGCUUCAGGGAGCCUGUCCCAGAGAGGAAGAUGUAUGAGAUGCUGUGUCGAGGGGAGGGCAUCAAGUUGGUGAGGAGGAAUUACUCACUCACUCACACACAGUGAGUGGUUGAGCUCACAUAAAUGGGUUAGGAGUGUGUGUGAGUUGUUGUGCCAUGUGUUAGUUGAACACAAGUUGUAGUUAUCAAAGAGUAACAGAAGAGAGCUCCCACCAUUCAAUUAUAGGUCUGCCUCUUAUUGUAUCUUUAUCUCUUUAUCUCUACAGAUGCAAGAUCUUAAUUUGAUUACUCUUUUAUUGCUGAGAAUUUUCCUGCACUGCAGGAAAUGCAAACUUGUAGUGUAUUUGAGUUUUAAAAAGGCUUCUAAAGUUAGUAAUUUCCACUUUGACAUUUCAGACUUGAUUUCCCCUAACCAAAAAUGUAUCAACCCCUACAAAAAUGUCCAUUAAUUAUAAUCAACAUAAUAAUUAAUAUUUCCUGUUACUGCAGGAUUAUUUUCCUGCUAUAGCAAACUGGCUCAAAUUGAGAUACUACGUCUGUACGUGCCAAUCUGUCUGUCUUCUUACCUCCCUCCACCCGCCCCAUCUCUGCCUUGUAGACCCCCCGCAGACAGAGACGGCUUUUCUGCCGUUACUUUGAUAACCACGGUCACCCCAAGUACCUCCUGAGCCCGGUGAAGCAGGAGGAUGAGUGGGACCGGCCCUACAUCGUCCGUUACCAUGACAUCAUCUCUCACGGCGAGAUCGAGAAGGUCAAAGAGCUGGCCAAGCCCAGAGUGAGUUCUACUCUCUGUCUAUGUGUGUGUGUGUGUGUGUGUGUGUGUUAUAUUGAGAUAAUAAGGGUUCAGAAGGGUGUCAUGGCCACACAGAUGUGUCUGACGGAAGGGUUUCAUGGUCCUACAGAAGUGGAUUUGCUGUGUCUUUGCUCUGGGGUAAUCAGAGAUGCUCAUACUAGUAACAGUCUGACCAGCUGCAGCUGUGUCUGCAGGGUCGAGGCCACUAGUAGGCAGAAUGAAUAGGGAAUGUUAAUGCUAAACAUAAACACUCUUCCCACUAGGCACAGACAUCAUUUCAACGUCUAGUUGUGAUUUACAUUCGGUUGAGUUGUCAACUAAUGUGAAUUCAACAUGAAAUCAACAAAAAAUGUCACCAUGUCAUUGGAUUUAGGUUAAAAGUUAGGUGAAAAAAAUACGGAAUGUCCUUACAUUGAUGACUUCUUUCAAAUCCAAUCAGUUUUCCACAUUUAAAUGACGUAUAAACAACGUUGAUUCAACCAGUUUUUGCCCAGUGGGAUGACACAUUAUGUAUUGAUCAAGUCAAUAAGUGUUGACUUACUGAUAUCUAGACACAAAUUCAGACUGUUAGUAGAGAUCUUUGAACUUGAUGUUGACCUAAUAGUAGUUGCCCAGAGUCCAUAAAAAAGUGAUUGCUAUAAAUGGUUAGACAAGACGUAUUCCCAGAGGGGACAGCAAGCUUUUAGUGUGUGUGGUGAGGGGUGUAUAUUAAAGAGCCAUGGAAGUGGAGGCAGGUUGAGCCCUGUUAGCCCACCCAAAGCAGGGUCUGUGGGGUGGAGGUGGGUGAUGAAGGUGAUGUCAGGGUACCCUGUAAACCCCCUCUCUCUGGCUUACAGCUCCGCCGGGCCACCAUCUCCAACCCGAUCACUGGUGUGCUCGAGACUGCCUCCUACAGGAUCAGCAAGAGGUAAGGCGCAGCCAGGUAUAGGCAGGGGGGGAGGAGAGGGUCGAGGGGAGGGGUGGAGCAGAAGGGGGAGCACCCAUAUACCUCUCUCUCUCCAUUCACACCCCACCUCAAACCCCUCCUCUUACACCUGCCACUGGCCUAUGCCUCUGAGUCCGGUCCGUAUUCCUCCCUCCAACGCUGGAAGACUCCUCUGCAGAAGCACAGAAUCAUACUUUUACUGAACCCUCCUCCACUCUCUCUCUGAUACAUUUUCUUAGUCUAACCAUAAGUCAGAUUCUAGAAGAGUCCAGGGAUGUUCUAGAAGUUCAGAGUAUAAGCUAAUGAAUAAGGAGAGAUGAAUGUACGGUCCUGUCUGUGGUGAAAAUGUGUUUCUGCUCAGGAGUUCUCUAGGAUGUGAACCCAGUGGAGUGGGAGGAGGAAACAAUAGGUGUAGUUGUUGAUUUUAACAUAGUUGCUAUUGGCCAACUAAGGGUGUAUUGGGAGCAAUACUUUUCACAAAUCCUCUGUUCCUUUCAUCACUAAUGUAAUCACUAGUUUAGCGUUCUCCUAAACUAGAGAAUAAACCAUUAAGUUAUACUAACCUUGGGUUAAAGGACUGGCCCUGAAACAACCCCAGGCAUACUGCCGGAAUAACAUGAACCGCUUGUGACCGAAUCUGCUUCUCUCUCUCCUCUCUCUCUGUUUCUUUCACUUCCUGUUUCACUCUACUUCAUCUAUCGUUUUGUUGUGUUACCUCUCUCUCGCUCUCGCUCUCGCUCUCGCUCUCGCUCUCUCUCUCACUCUCUCUCUCUCUGUUUUUUCUUGUGCCCGGGAAAUUAGCUAAGGCAGCCACAGUACAUGACCCCCUAACUGGGAAACUCAUCACAGCCAUGUACAGAGUCUCCAAGAGGUAAGGGGUCAAAGGUCAUUAUACAUUAGGGUCUCCAGAGACCCCCCAUCCCCUCUGGUCUCCCAUCCCAUACCACCCUGAUCUGCCCUGCAUCCCCAGGAUGUGCUCUACAGGUUUUGGCAGGUCUUUGGGUCAGUAGGGCCACCUCACCACCUUUUUCUGCAGUGAAUCUAUGCUGCUCUCUUACAAUCAGAUGAAUGAGUUCAUUCUGGCUUCUCUCCUCCUCUGUGCUACUUUGCAGACAGGGCCAAUUACACCUUAAGUUUGUGCACACAAACGCGCACACACACACACUCUCUCUCUCUCUCUCCCUGUCUCUCUCUCUCUCUCUCUCCCUGUCUCUCUCUCUCUCUCUCUCUCUCUCUCUCUCUCUCUCUCUCUCUCUCUCUCUCUCUCUCUCUCUCUCUCUCUCUCUCUCUCUCUCUCUCUCUCUCUCAGUUCAUAAUUUUGAUGAAUAGUGAGUGCCCACUUGAGGAGAUCUAAUACACCAGACAACCCCAAUCUAUGGUCAGUCUGCUGAUUGUAGGGGAACGUGCCAGUCUUAAGUCAUAGUUACUUAAAUAACUUAAUCUUCUUAAAAUAGAACCCCUCAUGCCAUACCCAUACCACCCCACAUCACUUUGGUUUUACUGCCCCUGCUUAUUACUGUGUAUAUUGGAGUGUGUAUUUGUGUGUGUGUUUGCUAGGGUGUGCACGUGUGUCUGCAUGCAAGUGUAGGUGUGUGUGUGUCUGCCUGUCUGUCUGUGUCUUCGUGUUGAAGUAUGUGCAACUGUGUGUGUGGUGAAGGAUUAACUGAACUGAGUGUGAACCUCAUUUGAACUGACAACGAGGUCAAAGUGGGAGAGUAGUCACAGCAGAGGAGAGAAUUUGUAGGAAGAGAGACUUGUUGACCUAACCAGCACUCUAUCAUGUCCAAUUAAUGUUUUACUGUCUUCACUCCCCCAACAGCAACUUCUAAUAAAUCACUUUUCUCACACACACAGACUAACACACAACUUAGUUUUGAAUUUGGCUAACCUUACAAGGAAUGUCAGUAUUAAGUAAUACACACAGUGUAUUGCACUGGGAAAGAGGAGUCAUCUUAUUGGCUGAGAGAUUCAACAAUGUAGCCAAUAAAAAGGGAUGGUGUGUGGAGAGCAGAUGGCUGAUCUGCUACCUUUGGCCUGGACCUCAUCUCGAUGUCGUACACUCAAACUUUAGCCCUCUGGCCUUCAAAUCAUUGCGGCCACAACUGCUACAACUCUCACUUUAUGCAGAGUAUGGAAAAUAUAUUAAGCAGAGAAUCCACAAUUUUAAUGCUAUUUUCUGUGGUUUGACACUUUUUGAUUUUCACACUGAGCCUCGUGGUGCAUGACCCAGAAAAACGACUACAAAAUAAAGUUGUGGUCCAUAAAAUGACAGAUAAGAUAUUGUGACGUCUUUAUAUGAUAUGUGAAAGAAGCCAUGACUCCCAGUCAGAAUGGAACGCUCCCUGUUGGAGGGGGCGGUUUAGACAUCUGGGCCUGGGUGGAUGGUGAAAGGCUGGUAGUGUUCACUAAAAGCAUUUUAAAAAAUAAUCCCCUCUGGGGCCCCUAAAAUAUUCAACCACCAAAGCCCUUGUGACCUCCAGAACUCUCCCAAGUCAUGUGAUGACUGCAAACUCAGAGCUUCAACCUAUAGAAGGCUUACAUUAUUGAAAAGUACAUAAAAAAACACACAACUUUAUUUAGUUACUCCUAAACUUCACUCUAACCACUGUACGCUGAGCUGAUUGGAGACUCUGUCAGGAUGCUUUCUAAAGUCCUUCCUCUUCCUCUCUCAACGCUCCUCCCACAUCUCAUGUAUCAUCUGCACGUAACACAUGAACCUACUGUAGUUGAUAUAUUUCAUCUUGCAGCAUGCCUUGUCUGUUCUCUUUCUCUUCUAUACUGUUCUUCCAUAAUAACUACUGUACUAUAGUAACUCUACCACCCCCCGUUACGAUUUACACACCCUGUAUUUGACCUGUUAUCCACCCCUGUGUCCUUCCCCUGUCCCAGUGCAUGGCUGACAGCAUAUGAACACCCAAUGAUUGAUCAGAUAAACCAGCGGAUUGAGGACCUCACAGGACUGGAGAUGGACACUGCAGAAGAGUUACAGGUAAAGUGUGUGUGUUUGUGUGUGUGUGUGUGUGUCAUUGUUUGAGAUGGUUGACAGUUACAUUUCCAAUAUUAAUGAUCUCACUUUUGCUUUGCAGGUUGCAAACUAUGGCGUGGGUGGGCAGUAUGAGCCCCACUUUGACUUUGGACGGGUUAGUAUUGCCCUGCAGCCCUGAUUUAGGGGGGGGGCAAAAUGGGGAACCGUGACAGUUAGGAUGUGUCAUUUUUGCUCAUAAUGAUCAUGUGAUGUCAUGAUAACUUGUUUUUCUCGCUCUACAGAAAGAUGAGCCUGAUGCCUUCAAAGAGCUGGGCACUGGAAACCGUAUAGCCACCUGGCUCUUCUAUGUGAGUGCUCUAUAUUCAUGGGACUGCUUCCUUCUUUUCCCCCUGCCCUAAAAUAAAUACUAUUUUUUGUUCUCUUGAUUAGGGAAGAGUCCAAGGUGAUAAUAGACUAGUUCUUGUUUUCUCGGUUCUAGAUGAGUGACGUGGCAGCGGGAGGUGCUACAGUAUUCCCAGAUGUAGGUGCUGCAGUAUGGCCCAAAAAGGUGACUAAAUGCUUGUGAGCAAUGAGCAUGUGUAUUUGCAGCCUAUGUGUAUGAGUGUAGGUACAUAGUUCCCUGUAACCUGUCUCUACUGUGUGUGAUGUAUUACAGGGGACUGCAGUGUUCUGGUACAACCUGUUUCCCAGUGGGGAGGGAGACUACAGUACAAGACACGCAGCCUGCCCAGUAUUGGUGGGCAACAAGUGGGGUGAGUUUGUGUAUUGAAACCACCUAAAUUCAGCUCUGUAAAUGUCUAUGACACUGUUAUGACCAUAGAGAUCCUAUUAAAUGACUAUUAUUACUAGUAUUCUAAUUCCUAAUUCUAUGGUUAUAACAGUCCUUCCUUUACUUUUCUCAAGUAAUCAUUGUUAUCACCAAGUUAGCUCUGAUAUAAACUGAGUGUACAAAACAUUAAGAACACCUUCCUAAUAUUGAGUUGCCCUCAGAACAGCCUCAAAUCGUUGGGGGCAUGGACUCUACAAGGUGUCGAAAGCGUUCCACAGGGAUGCUGGCCCAUGAGGACUCCAAUGCUUCCCACAGUUGUGUCAAGUUGGCUGGAUGUCCUUUGGGUGGUGGACCAUUCUUAAUACAAACGGGAAACUGUUGAGCGUGAAAAACCCAGCAGCGUUGCAGUUCUUGGCACCUACUACCAUACCCCGUUCAAAGGCACUUAAAUAUUUUGUCUUGCCCAUUCACCCUCUGAAUGGCACACAUACAUAAUCCACGUCUCAAUUGCCUCAAGGCUUAAAAAUCCUUCUUUAACCUGUCUCCUGUUCAUCUACACUGAUUGAAGUGGAUUUAACAAGUGACAUCAAUAAGGGAUCAUAGUUUUCCCCUGGAUUCACCUGGUCAGUCUAUGUCAUGGAAAGAGCAGAGGUUCCUAAUGUUUGUACACAGUGUAUAUUGUAGACUAGAAUACUGUAGAUUUUUUACCAGACUAGGCUAUGGUAGCUAAUGUCUUUCUCUGUCCUCCUUGUCACCCUCAGUAUCAAACAAAUGGAUCCAUGAAAGAGGGCAGGAGUUCCGACGACCCUGUGGCCUGAAUGAGACUGCAUGAUGAAGGGGGAAGGCUUUUCCCUUCCACACCCCUCCUCCUCUAUCCCUCUCCUCCUCUACCCCUUGCUUCCUCUUCAACCCCAGGGCCCGAGAACACUGCUACAGGCCACAAAAAGUGGGCCAUUGGCAUCCCUCCUCUUCCUCUUCAUCCCUCCUUCACUUCAUCUGUUCCUUACCCCCACUCUGUACCACUCUGAGCCCAGGAUGUUUUGGGGCUUUCAGCUUGGACAGUAUUAUUGGUGUUCUGACUGACAUGGUGCUCUCAAGGCUGUUGGAUAUGUCUCAGAUGAACACGUUGUGUGUUCACCCUUAUGUCUCUGUUUGCACUCUUUAUGGGCUCUGUACACAGCAAAAAUGAUCAUUUCAGAGCACAGGGUCUGCAUCUAGCUCUGUUCUAAUGUAAAUAAUAUCUCCUCUCUGCUCCUCUCUAGUAUGCCAUGGACUGUUUUCUCAAUUUUGUUCAAGUGUUCACUCCAUCUCUUAUUUCAACCUUGAUGUCACUCCAGUUUAUACUAACAUAUCUCACAAACAUACACCACACACACAGAUAUAGACUCAAACACUCCCACGUACAGCAUUGAGAAUCUUAUCUGAUGUUUAACUGUUUAUAGCUGGGAUAUAAUUUGUUUAUUGACCUGGUUUGGUAUUUGGCUGACUUGAAUACUUACUCACAUUUUAGACAGAACAUUUCAUUCUUUGGACAUAUGGAUGGAUGAGUUGCGCUUCCCCAUUUGUGCAAAGGAAAAGAGAGAGAAAGAACAUUGGACAUGGUUUCUUUAAAGUCUUGGAAGAUUCACUCAGAUUCAUGCAACCUUAAAGGAUAUCGAUGUGGACCCAUCAAAACAAGUGGUGGUGUUUUUUUAGAAGGCAAGACAAAUAAUUGUUGGUGUUUUUCCCCCUGAAAAGUAUUGUGAGGCCUGUUUC